AAUUAUUCAUUUAACUCAUGUUUCUGUAUUUCACUUUGUUUUCUUUCCUUACGCUUUCUUAAAUCUGAGUUUCACACACUACGUGGAAUGCUCUUUAGGUGUUCGAUAAAAUGCUUCAACUGAAUCUUUGUAAAUAAGGAGUUGUGGGGAUAGUAGAAAUUAAACAAGAAAAGUUUUAGUGAGGAACUGGAUAGUUUAGCCCCGUUGCAUUCACCGUGUAAUGGACGAUCCAUCGUUUUUUGAUCGGAUGAUCAGUCAUCUCCGUUCAACUUGCAAGUACUAUACUGGUUAUCCAAAGGAUCUUGGACCAUCCAAGGUUAUUCAUUUUACAUCUGAGCGUGAGUUUGUCACACUUCUUCAUGAAGGUUUUCCUGUGGUUGUUGCAUUUACUAUCAGGGGGAAUUACACUCGACAUCUUGACAAAGUAUUGGAAGAAGCUGCUGUUGAGUUUUAUCCUCAUGUAAAAUUUAUGCGUGUUGAAUGUCCGAAAUAUCCUGGGUUUUGUAUAACUCGGCAAAAGAAGGAGUAUCCAUUCAUUGAAAUAUUUCACAGUCCAACACAGGCAGAUAAACAGGGAAGGGUGGCUGAUCCGAAUAUUACUAAGUACAGUGUUAAAGUCUUGCCUUUCAACUACGAUUUAAGCGCUUAUGGAUUUAGAGAAUUCUUCAAGCGACACGGUAUGUGGUCAUCAGAUUCAAAGUAAGUUCCAGCGGAAGGGUUUUAUGUUUCAUAUGUUGAAGAGCCACCUGAUCAUACUCUCUACCUAUCUUAUCAGUAUAUCAUCACAAGUUCACAACUAAUGGAAAAUAUUAUUUGGUUUAAGUUCUCGUCAGGGGCUUUAUUCAUUGUUCCUUUGUGUUGGCAUCUUAGUAUUUCCAUGUUUAUGUUCUCCAACUUCUAGAAUAGAACCUACAAGACGUUUCUCAUCAAACCCUAUCUGUUAAUUUGUCUAUCAACUACUUGAAUCCUAGAGGCUUCUUUGGAAAGCAAGAUAAACUGCUUGUCUUAAAAGUUGGAUAUGCGAUAUAUUCUUUUGUGUUCUAUAAAUUGAGUGAGAAAUUAUUGCAAUGGUGAUA